AUCAAUUCAGAUGGCAUCUCUAUCUCCAUUCCCUACCUUGAAUGAUCUCAAGAUCACAUACCACCACAGCUCCCUUGUAUUCCCAUCACAAGAAAUUCCACACAAAACAGUUUUUUUGUCAAACAUCGACCAAAUUCUCAACUACAAUAUCCCAACAGCUCAUUUCUUUAAGCCAAAUCAAGAUUUCCCCUUUGAAAAUGUCGUGAAACGCCUUAGAAUGGCACUUGAAAAAGUGCUUGUGCACUAUGAUUUUAUGGCUGGAAGGCUCAAACUCAACGCCAAGAUCGGCCGCCUAGAGAUGGACUGCAACGGAGCCGGAGUCGGCUUCGUCGUCGCGUCGUCGGAGCUAUCGUUGGAAGAGAUAGGGAGCUACUUGGUUUAUCCAAACUUGGGAUACCGCCAGCUUGUUGCGCAAAACUUGGACAAUUUAGCACCUGAAGUUGACCAACCGUUGUGUUUUUUUCAGGUAACAUCAUUUAAAUGCGGUGGAUUUGCAAUCGGAAUAUGCACUAAUCACAUCUUACUCGAUGGAUUAGGCGCCAAAUCAUUCAUAGAAAACCUAGCUUCUCAAGCUUUCGACGACAAACCCUUAGCCCACAUCCCAUGCAACGACCGCCGCCUCCUCGCCGCCCGAUCCCCGCCGCAAAUCUCCUUCCCCCACCCCGAGUUCCUCGACCUCCGCCUCCCCGUCGGCGAGCACUCCUCCCCUCCGGUCUUCGAUUGUACCCGGGAGCCACUCGAUUUCAAGAUCUUCAAACUCACUCUCCCGGACAUUGAAAACCUAAAACAAAUGGCCAAAACCGCCGCCAACGCGAAGAUCACAACCUUCGGCGUGGCAGCAGCGCUCAUAUGGCGGUGCAAAGCCCUCUCUGGAGGCGGCGGAGAUUGGGGAGAGAGGGUUUCGACUUUGCUUAAUGUGAUUGAUAUAAGGCCAAGGAGGAAUCCGCAGCUUCCACCGGGAUAUAGUGGAAAUGGGGUGCUUCCGAUAGGGGUUUCUGCCGCGGUGGAGGAGCUUGAGAAGGGGCCGUUUUCGGGGGUGGUGGAGGUGGUGGCGAAAGGGGCGGAAGCGAUGACGGAUGAGUAUAUAAAAUCGGCUUUUGAUUGGAUGGAGGGGCAUAGAGGGUUACCCCAUGGAGAUUAUAUGGUUAGUUCGUGGCUAGGGUUAGGGUUUGAGCGGGUCGAGUACCCGUGGGGAAAACCGGUUUAUUGUUGCCCGGUGGUGAACCAUCGGAAGGAUAUAUGUUGGAUAUUUCGUGACGCCGUUGAUGGUGGAGUUGGUGCAAUGGUGGCUUUGCCUCCUCAAGAGAUGGAGAAAUUUGAUGGUGUGUUUCAAGACUUUUUUCAGCAAUUGGGAAGUUCUAAUUGAUUGAUAGUGGUAUCAUGCUCAAGAGUUGUUGUUUGUUUGUGUUAUGCGUAAUGUUGUGUGUGAUGUAUUCUCCUUUUUGACUAUAUAUGGUUGAAUUUCAUAUAACAUGUCUUUCUUGAAUUUUGAAUGAAGAAACAUAGUAUGAUCAAUUUAUAUGUAUUUCAUGAAUUAUGAA